AUGUUAUACGGAAUAGCUGCUACGGUACGGUGCGUCAGUUUCCAAAUCCGACGCCAUUCAACCAGAGGUUAUUGCUCCUGGAUUUCUGUGGCACGCAAUGGUCACAAAAUCGAUAUACCGGCAGGAGGCCAGAACUCGGUACAGGGAGAGAUGUGUAUCCGUUCGAUUAAUGGUAUCGUUCGAACGUUCGCUACUACCGCCAGCCCGAACGAUUGUGGAGGGAAUCGGUUUGCUCCGGCAUGCAUCGAACCACAGCUUGUAGCCACCACUGCCGACAUCGACGAUUUGCCGAACCAUCCCGAAAAGCUUUUGAUCGAUGUGCGCGAACCGUCUGAAUUGAACGCAACCGGUCAAAUACCAACGAGCAUCAACAUUCCCUUAAAAACAAUCCGCACGGAACUCAGCCUAACCCCGGAAGCGUUUGAGAAGAAGUAUGGACGUAAAAAGCCGGCCGCAAGCGAUCCGAUCAUCUUCAGCUGCCGCUCAGGGGUACGAGCAGGACAAGCGGCACUGGAAGCAGAUCAAUUAGGCUACAAAAACGUGAAGAAUUAUGUCGGAUCAUGGUUGGAAUACGCAGCAAAGCAUGAGUUGCCGGUGUAACGAGUCUCAUC